GUCCCUGAACCUUGCAGUUUUCCAAACCCGGAAAAGCUUCGAAAUUCUAGUAUUCAGGUUCUUUCAGCCUUGGACCCUGUUGACAGCUCCGGACUCCUGCUCGGAGAAACGCACAUCUUCACACGACUUUAUAUUUGAAUUUUCCUGUACUCCUCGCCUAACCCGGGUGCCUAGAUCUUCGCUCCGGAGUUGAGGGUUUGGACCCAGUCAAAGAUCAUGCAGUAGUAUAGUACAUUUGGGGGCAUCUGCAGGUCCUCAAAAGUCAUCUGGAUCUACCCCAUGGCUCACAGCUUUAGAGAACGCGGAGUGACAGAUCGGAAAUAACUUGCCUGAGGUCCUGCAGGAAAUUAGAAUUAGCAUCUGCUUUUUAAAAUUGUGUUUUGCAAGACAUGUUUGUUGGGGAUCUUCCUUCCUGAAGAAUGGCAUCAGCUCGUCAGAGGCUGAGUUUUUACGCCUCUCUUCUGAAAAGGCAGCUCAUUUGUGGGCCACCUGUCAUCCCGUGGGAAAGAAGAAUAACUCCAGGGUGUGCCAGAAGUAUUUACAGUGCCACAGGGAAGUGGACGAAGGAGUACACCCUGCAGACAAGGAAGGAUGUUGAGAAGUGGUGGCAUCAACAGAUAAAGGAGCAGGCAUCCAGGAUCUCAGAAGAAGACAAAGCAAAGCCCAAAUUCUACGUGCUCUCCAUGUUCCCCUACCCUUCUGGCAAGCUGCACAUGGGCCAUGUACGAGUCUACACCCUCAGUGACACCAUUGCACGGUUCCAGAAAAUGAGAGGCAUGCAGGUUAUCAACCCCAUAGGGUGGGAUGCAUUUGGAUUGCCUGCCGAAAAUGCUGCCAUCGAGAGGAAUUUGCACCCAGAAAGCUGGACUCAGAGCAAUAUUAAAUACAUGAAGAAACAGCUUGACCGUCUCGGCCUGUGCUUCAGCUGGGACAGGGAAAUCACUACCUGUUUGCCAGAUUACUACAAAUGGACUCAAUACCUAUUUAUCAAACUCUAUGAAGCUGGACUGGCCUAUCAAAAGGAGGCCUUGGUUAACUGGGAUCCAGUGGAUCAAACAGUGCUGGCCAAUGAGCAAGUGAAUGAAUAUGGCUGUUCAUGGCGUUCUGGAGCCAAGGUGGAGAAGAAAUAUCUCCGACAGUGGUUCAUUAAGACAACUGCAUAUGCGAAGGCCAUGCGGGAUGCCUUGGCAGACCUCCCAGAGUGGUACGGAAUAAAAGGCAUGCAGGCCCACUGGAUUGGGGACUGUGUAGGCUGCCAUCUAGACUUCACAUUAAAGGUUGAUGGACAAGACACAGGAGAGAAACUGACAGCAUAUACAGCCACCCCUGAGGCCAUUUAUGGCAUUUCCCACGUGGCCAUUUCUCCUAACCACAGGCUUCUACAUGGCUGCAGUUCUCUGAAGGAAGCCUUGCAGAAGGCACUAGUCUCCGGCAGAGAUUGCCUCACACCAGUGAUGGCUGUGAACAUGCUCACGCAGCAGGAGGUCCCCGUCGUUAUCAUGGCCAACGCUGACUUAGAAGGUUCUCUAGAUUCGAAAAUAGGAAUCCCCAGCACCAGCUCAGAGGACACCAGGAUAGCCCAAGCCCUGGGCCUGCCCUACUCUAAAGUCAUUGAAACUUCACCAGAUGGGACGGAGAGACUGAGUGGAUCUGCUGAGUUCACAGGUAUGACCCGGCAGGACGCCUUCCUAGCCCUGACUCAGAAGGCCCGUGGGAUGAGGGUGGGCGGAGACGUGACAAGUGAGAAACUGAAAGACUGGCUGAUCUCAAGACAGCGCUACUGGGGCACGCCGAUCCCCAUUGUCCACUGCCCCGCCUGUGGCCCCGUGCCUGUGCCAUUGCAAGACUUGCCUGUGACUUUGCCCAGCAUCACAUCUUUCUCUGGCAAAGGAGGCUCCCCACUGGCCUCAGCUUCAGAGUGGGUGAACUGCCCCUGCCCAAGGUGUAAGGGAUCAGCCAGGAGAGAGACGGACACCAUGGACACCUUUGUGGACUCUGCGUGGUACUACUUCAGAUACACUGACCCCCACAACACUCACAGUCCUUUCAGCUCAGCCUUGGCAGACUUCUGGAUGCCUGUGGACUUGUACGUCGGGGGAAAAGAGCACGCGGUCAUGCACUUGUUCUAUGCAAGGUUCUUCAGUCAUUUUUGCCAUGACCAACAGAUGGUAAAGCACAGGGAGCCUUUCCAUAAACUGCUAGCCCAAGGCCUUAUCAAGGGACAGACAUUCCGCCUUCCAUCUGGACUGUGUCUGAAGAAGGAGGAUAUCGACUUCACAGGUCCUGCUCCUGUUUGUGCAAAAACAAAAGAGAAGUUAGAGGUGACAUGGGAGAAGAUGAGCAAGUCCAAACACAAUGGGGUGGACCCCGAGGAGAUUGUGGCUCAGUAUGGAAUUGACACAAUCCGGCUCUACAUCCUCUUCGCAGCCCCUCCUGAGAAGGACAUCUUGUGGGAUGUAAAGACGGACGCUCUCCCUGGAGUACUGAGAUGGCAACAGCGGCUGUGGUCCCUGACAACACGAUUCAUUGAGGCCAGGACCUCUGGGUCAGUCCCCCAGCCUCAGCUGCUGAACAACAAGGAGAAAACCAAGGCCCGAAGCCUCUGGGAAUACAAAAACGCAGUCAUAGCUCAGGUAACCACCCAUUUCACAGAGGACUUUGCGCUGAAUUCUGCAGUUUCUCAGCUGAUGGGACUCAGCAGUGCCCUCUCGCAAGCCUCUGAGAGAGUGGUUCUCCACAGCCCUGAGUUUGAGGAUGCUCUGUGUGCCCUGCUGGUGAUGGCUGCCCCCAUGGCUCCUCACAUAACCUCAGAGCUCUGGGCAGGUCUGGCGCUGGUACCAAGCAAGCUCUGUGACCACUAUGCCUGGGACACUGGUGUGAUGCUGCAGGCCUGGCCCACGGUGGACUCACAGUUCCUUCAGCAGCCUGAUAUGGUUCAGAUGGCCGUUCUGAUCAACAACAAGGCCUACGGCAAGAUCUCUGUGCCCCAACAAGUUGCCCAGGACCAGGACAAAGUCCACGAGUUGGUUCUCCAGAGUGAGCUGGGCACCCGGCUGUUGCAGGGGAGAAGCAUCAAGAAGUCCUUCCUCUCCCCCAGGACUGCCCUCAUCAAUUUCCUGGUGCAGGAGUGACCAGGGCCUCACAGACCCUCCUCUGCCCAGAUCAAGGAAAGAAUGUUAGCUUAGGAGAAGAGAAAAGACAAACAUCGGGGUCAUUGGCCUUGUUCCGGGACAGACUGGAGUCAGCAGGACUCCCACACAGGGUGUAGAACUACCUGAGAUGCUGCUGGGUGGGAACAAGGAGAAGAGCAAGGCUGGCAGACAGCUGGAGCAUCUGCACACAGCUCUGUGUGUCUCAGGCACUUCUGCACACAGUCACACAGACUAAAGGGGCCAAGCAGGCUCAGGAGCUGCACAGGAGUCCAGGUGGUGCUGGCUGGACUUUUGGCUCCCAGGACAGACACAACCCUUCGAUAUAUGGUCAGGGUCUCACUUGUGGAACGGGAUGUGGACACUGGCAUCUCUACAAUUGUUCUGCGUGUCUCCAGCACCUUUCACAUAGGUGUCACAUAGGUCUCUUCCCCUCCAGCCGGGUGGCCUCUUCUGAGUCUGAGGUCCAUGCUCUGGGAUAGGACUUCGCUUUACUUCUGAACUGGAACAGAAGGACCGUGUGUGGAGUGUGCUCUGUGGUGAGCGAAACUGUGUUCUGAGCUGCUGAUCCCCGCAAGGGCCCCAUCUUCACAGCCCAGCAGGGGUUUGAACCCCACACGGCUCACAUGGGCCUCAGAUAGUGAUGCCAUCAGUUUGGCCCCCAGAAUGUCACUAGCAAGAGCAAGUUCACCAGAGAGGGGUUGUUGUGUCCUGAGUGUCACCUCCUGUGUCCAAGCUGCUCUGAUUUAGCUGUUUAGGAGAUGGCCAGGACUGGAGCCAGCUCACCAGUAAAUUAGACAAAGCU